CUCAGACCCACGUGCAUGGCAUGCGUGCUGAGAAUUUAAUCUGAACUGCUUGAAUAACAUUGAGUAAUUAGUAGAAGUUUGGUGGUAGUUUUGAAUAAUAUUGAGCGUUUAAUUUCUAUUUAAUUUUUAAUAAAAAUGGAAGCAAAUGUCAUAGCUUGUACUACGUGGGUGAAAAAAGGAGUCGCCGCUGCCAUUCCGGAAAAAAUUGAAUUAAAACCCGACGAACUCGAAAAGAUUAUAAAAGAGACGCAGGCCACUUUAGAAAAUAAUUCUGAUGAUGAUUCUGAUGAAGAGAUUAAAACCAAGACACAGUAUAAUGUGGAAUGUAAAGAAGAAUUCUCAGUAGCUGGCACUGAUGAAUAUAAUUUUAAAGCCUAUGAUAACGAAUCUGGCAACAUGUAUUGCCAUAUUUCUAGUUUAGCUUCUUUUAACGGAAAGAGUGAAGAUCCUCUUGUAACAAAUGACGACGAAGAUUCAGAUAAAGACGAUGAUAUUAUCAAGCCUGAUGACAAUUUGGUAUUAUUUGGACAUGUCGAGGGAGAUGCUAGUAUCUUGGAAGUAUUUGUGUAUAACGAAAGAGAAGGAUCCUUUUACUGUCAUCAUGAUAUAUUAUUAUCUUCAUUUCCAUUGUGCAUAGAGUGGCUCAAUUAUGAUCCCACUAAUCCAAAGCCAAGCAAUUUAUGUGCUAUCGGUAAUAUGACUCCUAUAAUUGAAGUAUGGGACUUGGAUUUGUUAGACUGCUUAGAACCAGCCUACAAAUUAGGCCAGAAACCUAGUAAAAAGAAGAACCAGAAACGCAUCGGUCACAAAGAUGCAGUUCUAGAUGUGUCAUGGAACCAUAAUUAUACACAUGUUCUUGCUAGCGGCUCAGUCGAUCAGACAGUUUUAUUAUGGGAUUUGGAGAAUGGUAAACCAGUGAAUAAACUAGGUCCGUUCGAUGAAAAAGUGCAAGCACUAAAAUGGCAUCCACAAGAAACCCACCAAUUAUUGAUAGGAUGCGCAGAUAAAUUAGUGAGAAUAAUUGACUGCAUGAAUGAAGUACCUGUUAUAGAAUGGAAGGCGUCGGGAGAAGUGGAAAGAGUGUUAUGGAAUCAUUAUGAUCAAAAUUAUUGUAUUGUCAGUACGGAUAAUGGUUAUAUAGAAUACUUUGAUGUAAGAAAAAGCAAACCAUUAUGGCAAAUUAAAGCUCACGAAAAAGAAGUUACAGGUCUAUCUCUUAGCACAUCCUGCCAAGGCUUGUUAGUCUCUUCUUCGAAUGACGGUGUAAUAAAGACAUGGGAUAUAGGUAAAAAAUCUCCUACGCUUAUAUGGGAACAGAUGAGUAAUCUGGGCGCAAUACAAUGCCUUGCAGCGAAUCCGGAUAAUGGAUUUGUAUUCAUUGUUGGUGGAGAUAAUAAAGAACAUAAUUUCAAAGUGUUGGAUCUUAUGAAAAUACCUACGACUCUUAUUAAUAGUACGAGAGAGAUUUAUGAAACGUGACGCAUCAAAAAAUUCCAUGGAACUUCGGCAAGAGGCGAUGAAUAUUACUGAAAAUAUAGAAAAUAUGGAGAUUGAAGAUCCGGGAUCGUCAGGCACGAGUUAAAAGAAAAAUUAAAGAUUGUAUAUAUAAAAAUUAAUUAAUUAAGAUUGAUUAGAAUUUUAACUCUAGUUUGCUCAUACGGGGUAUGACCUCAUGCGUAAUAAUCAUCUUUGCAAAUUUUUUGCAAUACAAUUUCUUUAAACGAUUCUAAACACUUGAAAAUGAAAUACUUUUUAUUUGUUUUGAUCUUUGAAGUAAAACUUUGAAGUAAAACUCUGAAGUAAAAAAAAAUUUAAAGUAUGCUUCAUUCCAGAGAUAUAGCGCAACAAAGUUCUAUAUGCUUAAGUAUAGAGAAAAAUAACUAAAAAUAGUUGUGGCGAGCUAGGGUUAAUUAAAACACAUUAAAAUAAAAUUUUAUAGCCAUUGUAAAUAAAUAAAAUAACAUCUUUUAUUACGCGUUUUUUAAAUGUGUAAACCUAAUCACAGCAUUGAAAUAAAAAUUGUUAGAGAAUAAAUGUAUUUAUUAAUUUUUAAUUUCUCUCUCUCUCUCUUUCUCAUUAUUAAAACGCCUUCCGUUCUUGUUUCUCAAAACAUGAUUUAUUGUUUCUUUGUGUUAACUGUGUAAUUACACUGUUUUAUCCUUGUGAUUAUUUUUUCAAGAAUCUUAUGUCACAUAAUAUAACAUUUUUGUUAAAAAUACAGUACAACAUUUUAUUUGAGUUAUUGGCCAAAUUUUCCUAUUAUAUGAUAUAAAUAAUCAACAUAAUGUUCUGAAAAAA